AUGCGGCGAAGUUCCCACUGGCUUGUGAAACUGGUCAUUGUGGAGUCACCCAACAAAGUGAUCAAAGUUGAGGGACUUUUAAGUGACUCCAAGGUCAUCCCAGACUGGUCUUUCAAGAAUGACCGAAUUAAAAAGUUAGGAACAGGGCCUGAGAAAGCGAUCGCCAUGGCCACCACUGGACAUUUCAUGUCUUUGCAAGAGAUUACAUGGACCCCACAGCACACUCCUACAAAGCUCCCAGACGGCAUUGAUUUGCCCCCAAAUGGUGCUCUGGCGAGCUUUGCACUGGAAUGGGAAAUCCUUCCAGGCCGACACAUCCAAGAGGCAAUAUCACACAACAUCAAGGACAGAUCGGAUAAUCUGACAGAAAUCAUAGUAGCAACCGACCCGGAUCGAGAAGGCGAACUGAUUGCAGUUCAUGCACUUAACCUGAUUAAAAGAUUGUUUCCUGAUUUGGAUGUGCCGUUUACACGGGCGUAUAUGCACAGCAUCACCGUUGAUGGCAUUCACACAGCUAUGCAAGAGCGGCAGGAGUUGUUCGACCACAACUUGGCCAACGCAGCUGAAGCGAGGCACGCUAUGGAUCGUAUUUUUGGCUUCCUUGGCAGCUCUGUUGUGCGCUUCGCUAACCCACAGAUGCGCUCGAUCGGUCGCGUACAGACACCGGCAUUAAUUCUCAUCGAUGAACGAGAGAAGAAAAUCACGAAAUUUAUUGAAUCGCAUCAGCCUGAGUUUCAGGUUCGAGCCGUCUGCACCUUUUCUUCGAGAAACGGCACGAGCUACUCGCAGCUCGUGCAUAUCAAGCCCGCAAAUGAAAGUAAAAUGGGUGCCAUCGACUGGGAAAAUAGAAAAGUAGUUGAGCAGCUAUGCAGCAAAUGGAAACUAGAAAACUGUAGUGGUUUCCAGGUAAAAGGCGCACCGAUAAUCACACCUAAUGUGACAAGCCCUCCCGACCCAUUUACGAUGGCUACGCUCAUUGCAAAGGCCAAUCGGCAGCUGCACUUAAGCAGUGAAAAUGUGAACUCCUGCUUGCAAGACCUGUUCCAGAUGGGGUAUAUCACUUACCCACGCACAGACAGUAUCCGUAUUGAUGAAAGCGUACUACCGUCCAUCUAUGAAGCAAUCAAGAGUGAGCACGGCAACGAUAUGCUAUACCCUCUUGAGCAACGUGCUUCAGCGGUUAACGAAAGGAUCGCAAAGGGGGAGCAAAGGAAACACAACAGGAAACGAGAUAGUAUGGAAAAGGGCAAUGUUGAAGAUGCCCACGAGGCCAUCCGCCCAACUGAUAUUAAAAUGAAAGCCGAUAAUUUAGGCAAGGGCAUUGCCGCCAACACAAGACAAGUAUAUGAUCUUAUCUACCGCAACACCCUAGCAGCGUUUAUGGUCCCUAUGAAAACGGAACGUGUCUCUGCGCAGGUCAGCCUUACCGCUGGUAAUGGAGAUGCACUAGAGUUCCAUCUAGAAGGCAAGCACACCGUGGAGGCUGGCUGGUCUGUAGCUUUUCGUGUUGGUUCUGGUAAAGCAAGUCAGUCAAUCGCUGAGACUCAGUUGGAAGCCGAGGCUGUAGAAAAUGGUGUGGUGGUGGUACCGAAUAUAUCUGAUGAAGAAUUCAAAGCUAUUUCAGAACUCAAGGUUCAGCUCAGUCGUAAAGGCGUUAAUGGAGUCAAGUUGGAGUCACCACGCGUACAGGAGUACCGGGCCCCACCACCGCUGCCGUAUUCAGAGGGUGGGAUUAUUGAGGAGCUCAGGAAUAAUGGCGUCGGGCGUCCUAGCACGUACCCCAUGAUUGUCAAGACACUUCUCGCGCGUAACUAUAUCACUAUUAAUAAGGGUCGUUGUGAGACGACACCAGUAGGUCGUCUGCUUGUGGAAAUUUCAAAAUCAACCUUUCCCUCCAUCGUCAACAUCGGCUUUACUUCUUCCUUCGAAAAGAAACUUGACCGCAUUGCUAAGCCGGAUCAGAACAAUAAAGCCCUUCUUAGUCAGUACCCUAACCUCUCCGAAGCGGAUUACGUUCUUUCUUCCUUCGUCUCCACGUUUCUUAACUACAUUACAGAAGCCACCAGGAAUCAGCGCGCCUUGGUCACUGAACGCUCGCUCACUAUUAAGCGUGAAGAACUUAUGAAGAAGGGGCAGGUAGAGGAUGAAGUAACAUUUGCCGAAACUCUCAAGAGAGAGCGCCAAAAUGCCAUGGCUCAGGUUCCAGACCUCAUUCAAUCUAGCAAGAAUUAUCGUACUUUUACUGCUCUUCAAAACAGCCUAGGUGAUUAUCUGCGACGCAACUUUCCACUGACACCACCAGUGAGCUGGGUACCAAACAAAAAGGGCGUUGUCUCCUCUCCCUCAUCUAGCCGCAGCAUCCGCUCCUCUUCCACCUACACAUCAUACACGAAGUACUCGGCAAAAAAGGCUGCUAAGAAGACUGCAUCAAAGCGUGUUAAAAAGGUAGCGAAGACCAAAAAGUAG